AUGGCUAGUAAUCAGAAAAUCGUCGUCGUCGGAGGGGGCCCUGUCGGGGCACUGUCAGCCCUCUAUGCGGCAAGAAGGGGCUACCAGGUCGAGCUCUAUGAACUCAGAGAUGAUCCAAAUUAUGGUGAUCCAAAUGCCAGACCAGAUAUCGCUGUCAUCCCUCUCGCACUUUCCGAACGUGGUAUCAGAGCCAUCGCCAGCGCGGGAGUCCCGGGGCUUCUUGACGAUAUUUUAGACAACUCAAGGCCUGUAUACACACGAAUGGUGCAUACUUGGGGGCCUCAAGGCAAGCAUACAGAAAUUCCAAUGACUUAUGGACCUCAGGGGCAGUGUCUUCAUACCUUGCAGCGAGAAAAAAUCACCAGACACGUUAUGUUGGCGCUUCUCAAAGAGCCCUCAGCGAAGCUUUUCUUCAACCAGAGGCUGUCUGCCUGUGACUUCGAGAGCAAGGUUGCUAUCUUCGAGACAGUGGCGUGGAAUGGGAAAUCCCGCACUUCCGAGCAGCAACUGGCUGAUACCGUUGAUAGGUUAGCAAAGUCGACUCCCAACAGUGCCAAGGAAGAGCUUGGUAGUGAAUCUCCAGUUCCAGGAAGUACUCUUAAAAAACGGGUGGAAUUUGACUUCCUAAUUGGAGCGGAUGGCACUUAUUCGAGUGUUCGACAAAGUAUGAUGCGAAUGCUUGAAAUGGAUUUCUCGCAAACAUACGCCAACGCGUUGUGGUGCGACUUGAUCUUCCCACCAGACAUAAAUGGGGACUAUCCAAUGGACCCUAAAUGCCUCCAUAUCUGGCCGGCCAACCAAAGCAUUGUCAUUGCCCAAACUGAUAUCGAUGGAUCAUUUAGGGCUGGUAUGGUCUGCGACACACAAAAGCUUCGGCACUUUGAAGCACACCCAGAACAGUUCGUGGACUAUUUCGUCAGAGAGUUUGCUGGGAUUGUACCCGAACUUCUCUCUGCCGAAGAACUCACAAGACAAUUUCUCGCACAUCAAAAAAUCCCCUUGAAGUCCAUCAAAUGUGGGAAGCUCGGAUACAAGGAUAACGCAGUUCUGUUGGGAGAUAGCUGUCAUACUAUGACUCCAUUCCAUGCUAUGGGUAUGAUCACUGGCCUUGAAGACGUCCGCAUAUUUUUUGAGGAAUUCCGCGACCCAGCGGUGGCUGCUUUGCCAGACGAAACCGAUAGCAAUGGCGCUAGGAACGAGAAGCCAUUCUGCGCCCCCGGUACCGUGCAAGCUUACACAGAAUUCAGACUCCCUGACAUUCAUACCAUGGUCGACUUUGCCAGCGAACAUUACCAUGAGCUUCGAAUCGGCGUCAGAUCCCGCGCUACAAGAGCUAUGGAUGCAGUUGAUAGAUUCCUAGGCACAUGGCUACCAUCUCUAGGCUGGACGACGUUGUAUGCGAGAAUCCAAUUCGAGCACGACCGGUUUAGUGUCGUGAGAAAGAAAGAAGAGAGACAGAGGAAGAUCUUUGGUGUGAUAAUUGCUAGCGGUGCAAUGAUAGCUGCGAGUGCCGUUGCUGCAGGGAUUAUAGCUUUGCAGCCCGCAGUCACAUCCUUGCUUCCAGUGCUCACCAGCACUCAUUCGACUUCGGUCUUCUCCCACUUAACAUGA